AUGGGCAAUAAUUGUACCUGUUGGAAACAUGAUUUACAAAAUCAAAUAGAACAAGAUAAAAAAUCUAAACCUAGAUGGCAAAGUUUAGAGUUCUUGAAAUCAUAGGAGCAUAAAAUAGUUAAAAUGCAGUCUUGGAUUCGUGGAUGGUAAGCUCGUUAAAGAGUUUGGAAGAUUCAAUUGCAGAAAUAUAAUGACAGUGUCAAUGAAUAGUUAAGAACGUAGCCUCACUUUUAACAGUAGAUAUUCCGUCAGCGUGAUUAAUGUAGGAUCUAGACAGCUACCUCCAUUUGAUUUUGGAAUUGACGAUAUUAAUGAUUCUCUUGUUCAUUAAAAAGUACUUAAAGCACCAAUGAAAUUAGAAAAUGGAUCCACUUAUUUUGGAGAAUGGAUUAAUGAUUUAAGACAUGGCAAAGGAAUUUUGAUUUGUGAUGUAAUUCCAUUUAAUUAUAAAAGGAUGGUUCAAAAUAUGAAGGUUAUUUUUAUUAAGGAAAUGCUCAUGGCAGAGGAAGAUUAAUACAUUCAAAUGGAGAAAUCUAUGAAGGAUAAUGGGAAAAUGAUGAAGCACAUGGUUAAGGAACAUAUAUUCAUGAAGAUGGAGCAACUUAUAUAGGAUAAUGGGAACAUGAUUUAUAACAAGGAAAGGGAAGUGAGAAAUGGCCAGAUGGAAGGUUAGAUUCAUAUUUAAUUUUAGUUAUUUUGAAGGAACCUAUAAAUAAGGUAAAAAAGAAGGAUUGGGAAAAUUUGUAUGGGCAGAUGGAGCAAUAUAUGAUGGAGAAUUUAGAAGCAAUAAUAUAGAUGGAUAUGGAAAAUAUACAUGGCCAGAUGGUAAAUAAUAUAUAGGUUAUUGGUAAAAUAACAAAAAGUAUUUUUAAAUAAUAAAUUAUUAGAAAUGGUAAAGGUAAGUACAUAUGGCCUGAUGGAAAAGUGUAUGAAGGAGAUUUCGUAUUUGAUCAAAAACAUGGUUAAGGAAUAUUGAGAUUCCCUGAUGGUAGAGUAUAUGAAGGGGAAUGGUAGUAAGAUAAACAACAUGGUAGAGCCAUAUUAAAAUUACCUAAUGGCAAAACAUCUUAUGGAGAAUGGAAAAAUGGAAUUCGUAUCAAUUGA